GGAUCAUGCCCUGGGCCGAAGGCAGAGGCUUAAGGACUGAGCCACCCAGGCGCCCCAAGUGUGUGUGUGUUUUAAAAGUUUUUGCACACGUGUGUGCACACACACAAGCCUGGAACCGAGUGUACCAAAAGGCCCUUUGAAGGCAGGAGUCUAUCUUAUUCUUCUUAGUAACCAGCACUUAACACAGUGUAGGCAUUAGUGUUUAAGAAAUGAAAGAAUUAAAACAAUAAAAAGAAAUGAAAGAAUAAUUGGAUGGAUGGGUCCUCCAUCCUUUCACCUUUUAUAAUUUGCCAGCUUAGGUGUGUCUCUUGCCAGACCGGAAAAUCCUAAUGAACGGAGCCUUCCUCAGCCAUCCUUGGGUCCCCUCACCAAAUACAGGGCCCAGCUCAGUGUAUGGGUUGAAGGAUGGAGUGAUAGGAGAUGGGGCUUCUGAGGGCAGAACUAAACCAGAAGUGGCCCCCAUAGAGGGCGCCCUCAGGCAGGGACUUCCAGCUGUGGUGGGGGAGGGGCGCCAGCGCCACAGCUGCUUGCAUUUAAGGUGGACUCAGGGAUUUCCCCCACCCAGCCUCAGGUGUAGGGGGAGGAAGCAGACAGUUCCCAGUUUCACACCCACCCUUUCCACCCCUUCCACCAGGGUACAAAAGAAGAGGUGGUGAUUUUUCUUUUUUAAGUCAGUGAGAGUACCAGAGCCUAGGUUAAAAAAAAAACACAAAAAUGUUGAGUGCCACCCGAGACCAAGGCACGAGGUAAAGGGCUUUAAGCAAGAUUAUUCUCCCCAUUUCACAGAUGGAUGAAAUUGAGGUUUCCUUAACAGGUUCUGGCCGGGGUCCUCGCUCAGAGGUGCUGGCAGUAGGAGGGGGAAAUUCCUGUGAAACUAACUGUUCGAUCCCUUCUUCCAAGGGGCCUCCUUAACAGCUGUCCUGCCGGCGUCGCCAGCUGCCCAGCCAGUUCCUGUCCCUUUCGGAGCCCGCGCUGGCCCCGCCUGACGCUCCUGGAGUCUGUCCUUCUGCUGGGCCCCAGGCCCACCUCAAGCGCAAUGGAGUUCUCGGAGCUGAUCCGUACCGGCCGGGCCCAAGCCAAGCUCUUGCGGGGUCCGGAGGUGCCCCCACUGCAUGGCACGCUAUGCGUCACCGGUCACCACCUGCUGCUGUCGCCAGGGCCCCAGGCGACUUCAGACUUGUGGCUGCUUCUGUUGCGUAGUGUAGACUCCAUCGAGAAGCGGGUCUCAGGUGACUCCGGCACCAUCACAUUGCGCUGUAAGGACCUGAGAGUGUUGCAGCUGGACAUAGAGGGCGUAGAAGCCACGCUGGACAUCGCCCGUUCCAUCGAGGCGCUGUCAUCCUUGGAAUCGGUCAUCACUUCCUUUCCGUUCUUCUACCGUCCCAAGGGCUUGAGAUUGGGCGACGCCUGGCACUUCCACCCACCGGAACGCUACUACAAGCGAGUGGAUCGCGAGACCAACGCGUGGCGGCUGAGCGAGGUGAACGAGGACUUCAGCUUGUGCCCGAGUUACCCCCGCGCCGUGAUCGUGCCUCGCGCUGUAGACGACGAUGCCCUGGAGCGUUGCGCCCGCUUCCGCCAGGGAGGCCGCUUCCCUGUGCUCAGCUACCACCACGCUCCCAGCGGAACCGUACUGCUGCGUUCCAGCCAGCCCCUGACCGGUCCCCAGAAAAGGCGCUGCGCUGAGGACGAGGAGCUGCUGCGGGCUGUGCUGGCAGGGGCUCGCCCUGGGGCCCGGGGCUUCAUCUUGGACACGCGCUCGGCUCAGGCCGCCAAACAGGCCCGCAUGACUGGCGGCGGCACCGAGGCCAGAGCCGCCUACCCUGGCUGGAAACGGCUGCACCGGCCCCUGGAGAGGGGAUGGCCCUUACAGGAGAGUUUCGUGCGCCUGGUGGAGGCCUGUGGGUACCUGGAGCAGAGCAUGGACUGCUGGCGCAGUCGACUAGAGGCCUGCCACUGGCUGGGACAUGUGAAGGAGGCACUGAGCACCGCCUGCCUAGCAGCCCAGGCCAUGGAGAGGGAAGGGGCCUGCGUCCUGGUGCAUGGGGCUGAAGGCACAGACAGCACCCUGCUGGUGACUUCACUGGCCCAGCUCAUCCUGGACCCCUCGAGCCGGACCAUGGCUGGCUUCCAGGAACUGGUGGAGCGGGAGUGGAUCCAGGCUGGCCACCCCUUCCAGCUGCGCUGUGCCCACUCGGCCUUCUCCCAUGCCCGCCCCAAGCACGAGGCACCCACCUUUCUCCUCUUCCUGGACUGCGUGUGGCAGCUGGGCCGUCAGUUCCCGCUGUUGCUGGAGUUUGGGGAGGGGCUGCUGCUGGCCCUGUUUGAGCACGCCUAUGCCUCCCCUUUUGGCACCUUCCUCUGCAGCAGCGAAAAGGAGAGAUGCCUGUGUGAAGUGAGGACUCGAACCCACUCCUUGUGGUCUGGGCUCAACCAGCCAAAAGAGCAAAGGAAACUCCGGAACCCGCUCUACGUCCCCAGUCCCUUGGCCAUCUGGCCCUCUGUGGAGCCCCAGAGCCUGCGACUGUGGCAAGGCUUGUUUCUGCGCUGGACCCGCCCCAACCUUCAGAGGUAGCCUGGGACAAGGUGUGGCAAAUAGUGACAGAUAAGGAGAAGACAGAGGGCUGUGAGCCAACAGUUUCAGCCUCUGAGCCCCAACUUUAAGUGCUGGCUCCUUGGAUAGUGGCUGAGAUGUUCCGGAGACUCCUCCAGGUCCCUCAGCACCUUUGGACCUUGGAAGAGGGUGCCUGCAGCCCAUCCUAGUCCAAAACAUACUGAAGCUCCAGGUUUGAAGUGUCUGUAGUGUAGGGAGAAGGUCUAAAUAAUAAAGAUCUCCAUGACUGGUUAUCAGCU